CAAUCAGGAGGGAGCCAGGGAACUCUUGGGUGGAAGUCCUGUCAAUUACAUGGUGCAAACAACCUCUUGGACCCAAUAACUAGCCUGGUGGAUCAAGCUGAGAGAUAACAACUCUGGGCUGAGUGUGCGCCUACCCUGUCCAUCAGAAUGGCUGUCCUGUGCACUACACUAGUGGGACUUCUUGUCCUUGCAGCGUCCAGUCUCUCACCUGUGAAAGCUCAAACCUGCCCGGCAUCAGUGACCACGAUGUGUUCUGCGGACGACCAGUGCAACUAUGCCUUGGAGAUUCCAACCUUGAAAAUGACGCUGCCUGUGAAUCCGAACGUGAAGGCAGCAGAGAGGGACUUGGAGAUCCUGGAGAAGACGUUUGAGCAGCUCAGGCUGUCUGUCUUGAGAAGAAACAUCAACCAAGAAGUGCUGAACAGGCUGAACGAGGUCGAGAAUAACCUGAAGACUGUCAGACGCUCCUUGGAUGGAGCCAGGGACAGAAAUGUGGAGGUCCUACACGCGGGGCAGCAUGUUAAACAGGACAGGGAUACUCAUCGUGGGCUCAAGACCCUGGAAGAAAGCAUGGAUCAAAAGUUUACGGGUCUCAAGGGCAUGCUUGAGAAGCUACUCAAGACUUGUGCCAGAGAAUGCUCAAGCGACAAUCCAGUCUCCCGCGGACCACCGAAAGACUGUGCUGACGUGUACAAGACGGGACUGCGAGAGAACGGUGUGUACAGCAUCACUCCGAACAUCAACCAGGACUCCGUCGAUGUGUACUGCGACAUGAAGAGCGGAGGCGGCGGUUGGACGGUCAUCCAGCGGCGGAUGGACGGUUCCGUGAACUUCACACGGAAGUGGGUCGACUACCAGAGGGGUUUCGGAAACCUAACCGGCGAGUUCUGGAUCGGGUUGGAUUCCUUGCACGAGAUAACUCGGAGGCAAGACUAUGUCUUACGAGUGGAGCUAGAGGACUGGGACAAAGUCAGCAAGUUCGCUCGAUACGGCGCGUUCUACGUCGCAGAUGCGAGGGACAAGUAUCGUCUCCAUAUUGACGGUUAUUCCGGAACUGCAGGAGACGCCUUCCGGUUCAGCGACCAGUACAUGCACGACAACCAACAGUUCACCACUUAUGAUGAAGACCAUGACAAGUAUCCCUCUGGCAACUGUGGCUGGUACUACAAGGCAGGCUGGUGGUUUGAUGCAUGCCUGGCCACUAACUUGAACGGCGUCUACUAUCAAGGCAUGUACACGGGUAUCCGGGACGGGAUAUUCUGGGGGACUUGGCACAACCUGACCCUAGGCGACCUAAGGUUUUCUUUCAAGUAUGUGGACAUGAAAAUCAGACCUGUCACAUUCUAAACAGAACACAGAUCAUUCAACAAGAAAUGUCACUAAAACAGUUAGAACCAACAACAUAUUGUUAUGUGUAACAUUUUGCUUUCAAAUAAGAGCUUAACGAUAAACAUGUGCAUGAAUGUCUUUACUGAACAUGAUGGUAGAUUGUAGCUUGCAAAUACAAGUACAGUCACUAUUAUUAUGCUUCUACAAACUGUGUAUUCCACUGACUUGCUAGGGUGUCACUGUAAAACAUGAUAGUAAAACAUUGUCAUACAAUGUUCCUGUUGAAAACUCCACGUUUCUUCUUUCAAAAUGUCUGAAUGAAGUGUCUACAUAUCUUGUUGCCUUCAUUCUUGCAUAAUACAUCUAAAAUUAAUAGUAAACUGUAAAGAAUAUUCAUAAAUUUUGUCUUACUAUUAUUAUUUAUCAUAUGCAAUUACUUGAAAUUAGAUCAUUUAUCAUAUGUACAACUGUAAAUAUCAUGAUAUUAUAUAUUGUAAAUUUGACCAGUUAUCAGUGACUUAUGUCAAGAUAUACUAUUAGUUGCCAGACUCACAUUAUCUUGCUCAUUAGAGAUUAUAAAUGAAAAGAUACCUGGUCAAAUAUAUCUAUCACUUUAGUACUGCGAAAGCAUGAUUUCAUAAAUCAAAUUUUAAAUUACAUUACAAUUAUAUCAAAAACAUCUUAAGUUGAUUUUUAUGGUAGUUCAUACAUUUUGCUGUGCAUUGAUGAUAAAUUGUGUAUGGUGAGCCAUUAUUAAAAUUAGUCUUGACAGA